UCAUCUUCUUCUUCAUCACCAUAACACCACCACCUUCUUCUUCUUGUUGUUCUUCCUCUUCUUCCCCAUCCAUGGCCUAACUCCCGGUUCAUCUCUAUCAGUCGAAAACACCUACGACAUUUUACUCUCCCCGAACCGCCUUUUCACCGCUGGUUUCCACAAAGUCGGAUACAACGCUUACUGUUUUGCCAUCUGGUUCUCUGACCACCCGUCCACCGUGGUAUGGAUGGCGAACCGAGACGAACCAGUAAAUGGAAAACACUCAAAGCUCUCACUACACGAAGAUGGUAAUCUUGUUCUAACUGAUGCCGGUAGAUACAUUAUAUGGUCAACUCAAACAAGAUUAAAUUCAUCAUCCAUAAGAUUACAACUUUAUAACUCGGGUAACCUUAUCCUCCACGAACAAGGAAACCCUGUUUGGCAAAGUUUUGAUCAUCCAACAGAUACCCUUCUUCCAAACCAACCAUUUACCAAGAAGACACAACUUAUUUCUUCAAGAAGUUCUACAAACUAUUCUUCUGGUUUCUAUAAGCUGUAUUUUGAUACAGACAGCAUCCUUCGGCUUCAAUACAAUAACCACGAAAUGACUACUAUUUACUGGCCUGAUCCCGGUUUGCUUCCUUGGGAAGUUGGGAGGUACCAGUAUCUAUAUAGCCAAAGAGCAAGUCUUGAUUCGGAGGGUCGGUUUAACUCUACGGAUGGGUUGGGGUUCUUGUCUGCAGAUUUCGGAUAUGGGCCGCAACGAAUGAUGAAGAUUGACAUGGAUGGUAAUCUAAGAGUUUAUAGUCUGGUUAAGCAUGGAGCAACAUGGGAAUGGAUGGUUAAAUGGCAAGCUGUUUCUCAUUCUUGCAAGAUUCAUGGUGCUUGUGGACCAAAUAGUCUUUGUACUCACUCUCAACAUUCAGAUAUAGUUUUAUCUAUUGAAAAUGAGUGA